UUGCAACUGUUGUGCAGGCGUAACUCGGACAUAUUGACUACAGAAAAAUUAUACGCUGUGGUUACAUCGUCUUUAACUUUGACCAGUCGGUAUUCAAGUCUGUGUGAACAAGUCUUAGAAAAUGGCAAACGUCGACCUCGCUCAGGUUGGAAAGAACUUGCUGAAGAGCGCUGAAACUGGAGAGAGUGUGGAGCUCCAGUCUCUGUGGCAGGACCAGCCCGUGGUCUUGUUCUUCCUGCGCAGGUUUGGCUGUCAGGUGUGUCGGUGGAUGGCAUCAGAGAUCAGCAAACUGGAGCCGGACCUGAGAGCCAGUGGUGUAGCGCUGGUGGGUGUCGGACCAGAGGAGUUUGGGCUGAAAGAGUUCAAGGAAAAAGGUUUUUUUAAAGGAUCCAUUUAUGUGGAUGAACAAAAGAAAUGCUACAAGGAUUUGGGCUUCAAAAGGUACUCAGCUUUAAGCGUGGUUCCCGCUGCUUUGGGGAAGAAAGUGCGAGAUGUAGCUGCAAAGGCCAGUGCUGAAGGAAUCCAGGGAAACUUCUCAGGAGAUCUGCUGCAGAGCGGAGGAAUGCUCAUUGUCGCCAAAGGUGGAGAAAAGGUCCUGAUGCACUUCAUCCAGGAUUCACCUGGAGACCACGUACCUCUGGAGGAUAUUUCCAAGGCUUUGGGUAUCUCGACCAAAGUAACAGCAGGACAGAGGCCGGUGUGCAAUGAUGAUGUUUGUACCCGAUGACGACGGCGCCUCAUGGUACCUGAACAACACCGACACUGUGGGAAACUGAAAUGGAGAUUUCAGAAGUGGAAUGUCACUAAAUUGUUGAAGUGAACUUAAAAUUGUUGCCAAUGCUCCUGAUUACUUAUAAUUUCUUUGUGAUAGUUACACAUUAUAUUAUAUUAUUAUCUACAGUGAAAGCUGCAGUGACAUUCCUUUGUAAUCUUGACUUUUGAAUUGUAAUGAAAGUCAUUUAUUUUAAGCUUACCUUGCACAGACAUACUGAUCACAGUGAUUUUUUUGUUUUUACUUGAUAAGUUAUGAAUUUGCAUUUAUUACACUCAUUUUACUAAACAAAAUAAUUAUUUUUUAUGUAUCUAAUUGUAAUAAAAGUUUAAAAUCAGUA